UGCCCAAACUGUUGCUUAGGUCUGCAUACACUGUAAACACACCUGGUUCUGGUCUAUACACAGUCUUCUCUUUAAAAACCAUGAUAGCAGAGAUAUAAACAAUCAAGGAAGAUGGCCCGUAGCUACCUGGAUGGAGAUGAUGGCAGACCUUCCCGACCUGCUCGGCGCGCUGAAUCCCAGCGCACUCUUAACCAAGGAUACUCAGCGCAUUAUGCAGAAUCUCCUGUUAUCCGACAGGGUGGAGAACGUGCGUCUCGACGCCCUGGACCCUCGCGCAGUUCAACUUUACCAAGAUCUGAGGCGUACAGGUCUCCAUCUAGGCAUAGUAGGACUGCAGCACAACAGGGACAGGUUAGCAAGGUUACCAGAUCCCGGUCCUGGGGUGCUCGUCCUCCCGGAGUAGUUGUUUACAACAGGAACGGAGAACCAACAGGAGUAGAGAACCAAGGAUAUCAAGGUUCAGCCUCUAGACCCGCCUCAACCAUAGGAGUAGGAUACAGACCAAAUACAGCUCUCAGUGGAAAAAGUUUGAAAAGCAGUGGAACUGGAAGGACUGGAUUGAGUGGAGCAAGUACUCAUAAAUCCAAGAAUACAAUGAAGGCAGGAUUAGCUGUAGAAACUAUGUCAGCUCCGAACCCCUUCUGCCCAGACACUAAGGGAGUUUGCUGUCUUAUGAUCCUAACAAACCUUGCUCUUAUUCUCAUCUGUAUUGGUUUCAUCAUAGUCCUGCAGCUUACAGAGCCUCCGGUCAUCUGGAAUAUUGGGAUCGUGAUUCUUGUGUUUGGAUUUAUCACCCUGUUCAUAACCUUGAUCUACUGUAUGUGUAUCUGCCAGGAUACAAACUUCAGGAGGUUCAGGCAACCUGCUACGGGUGAGCUGUAUUGGACCCAUCACUGGCAGAAGAACUUUACUAUCCCUGAUCUCGGAGCAAACAAGUCUACGGAGAAGUGGGUUGACCAAGACAAGUUUCCGGAGGAUGAUGAUGUCAGUGAUACUUCCAGCAGGGAUUAUCCGCGACUGUACCUGGAGUCAGACUAUGGUCAGAGAACGGAUCGAGAAAAUGAUCUUGACACUGAUCUUGAACGUGUAGAAAGAGCGGAGAAAUCUCAACCCUCCAGAUACAGAAGGGAAAGAGAAGACUCUCCUGGAAGAUAUUAACCAUGAAACAUAAAGUUGAACCUGUGCCAUUAACAUGUGAUAAUUAUCUCGUCUAAUUUAUUAACCAUUAGUUAACAAAAUAAAAUAUAUCAUGAGAUCACAAUAAAUGUAAA